UUGCUGAGGAUACUCAAAAUGGCUCUACGCUUCCGCACCCUACUACCUUUUGCCAUACCCGGAGUGCUGGCACUCAUUGGAUGGUGGUGGUUUUCAUCGCGUAAAAAGGAACGUCCCAGCAAUCACGACAGACAAGACUUGGCCAGCUUGGAAGAAUGUAGGAUAGGAUCUCCCAAGAGGGGCUCUGGCUGUAGGGAAGACCCUGUUCCUUGCUCUAGAGAAGAUGCACAAGCUGACAGCAAGCUCACUCUGCCUUCAGAAACGGAGCAUCCUGCUGAAGCGCUGCUGCCUCCCAACCUUUCACCACCCAUCAGGGCAGCCUCUUCAGAGCAGAGAGCUGAGAGCUUUGAUUCCUCUGGAGACCUUCCUGUCCUAGCAGGAACUACCACUGAAUCCAAAACUCUUCAAGACGACAGUAAAAAACUGGAUAUCAUGGUGGUGUCCCAAGGUGCGUUUGGGUUUCCUGCACAAGAGCCUUCCCUUAUCUCACAAACGACCAGUGACUCCCAUGGUGUGGAUGUUACUGCUGGGGGCAAGCCAGAGCCCAGCCCAGCCAGAAACCGGGUGCCGUCGGUGGCUUCCUUGGUGGAAUCACCUUGUGUGGAAGAGUCAUUGGGGGAUAGCUUGGAGAAAAAGAGGAGUGGAGGCGUUAGCUUGGGCGAAGAGGAAGUUGAGAAAAUUGAGCAAGUAGCCAUACAUAUAAUUUCUCAAGUCAUCUUGGCAGCCACCGAGGAAGUGCUUUCCAGUUCAGUCAGUGACAUGACUGACAGACUUUGUCAAGUGGCAGCCAGCCACAUUGACAAACCACUGGAAAAGGUGUCCUUGGGAGCUGUUAGUCCUGCAGAGGCAAACAAGGGUAAUGACUGUGCCUCUGAGAAGGCGGCAGUAGGUUCUGCUCCCCUACUAGAAGAGAAUGCCCACCGUCACACGACAUUCUCAAGCCACUUGACACACGGCCUCUUGGCCAACCCAAGUCACAGCUGGCCCAGGGACUCCACACUUGCCGAGCAGCCUGCUGGUGAGCCCAUCCUGGUCGCAAACCACAAGGAGGAGCUUAAAGACGUUCCCGUUGUGACAGACGUUUCUGGCUGCAGCACAUGCAUCUCAGAAGACGUGGCGAGCACAGAGGACCUUUUGGAAAACGGCUCUUCUCCCAUUUCGCAGCAACGGCUUGAUUCAUUGAACAUGUCCACAGUCAAAGACUCGGAGCACAGUUCUGUACCGAGCAAGAAACCUCCAUCCCCUGCACUUCCUGAAAAUAAGGCGCCCUAUAGCAAUGGCGUACUGAGGGAGGACUGCUUGGACCUGCGGCACGAGCAGCCAUGGCCGGCAGAAGUGGAUGCUGACCACUCUGGAGGUUCAGAUGUAAAUAGCAUGGAUUCUGUGGACAGCGGCUGCCAGAACUUGGGAGCUGAAUCAAAUAAGAUGGAGCUUGUUAUCUGGGAGAUUGAGGUACCAAAGCAUUUAGUUGGCCGGCUGAUUGGCAAGCAGGGGCGGUACGUGAGCUUCCUGAAACAAGCAUCUGGCGCCAAGAUCUACAUUUCAACGGUUUCUUACGCCCAGGACUUCCAGAUCUGCCACAUAGAAGGCUCCCAGCAAAAUGUUGACAAAGCCUUGAGUUUGAUUGGCAAGAAGUUCAAAGAUUUAAGCCUCACCAACAUCUAUGCUCUUCCCCCUCCUACGCUGCCCCUGCAUUCCCUUCCGAUGACUUCCUGGCUCAUGCUUCCCGACGGAGUGACCGUGGAAGUCAUUGUGGUUAACCAAGUCAAUGCCGGGCAUCUCUUCGUGCAGCAGCACACGCACCCCACUUUUCACGUCCUGCGAAGCUUAGACGAGCAGAUGUACCUCUGCUAUUCCCAGCCUGGAAUUCCAACUGUGCCGACGCCAGUGAAAGUUGGCGUGGUCUGCGCUGCACCUGGCAUAGACGGGGCCUGGUGGCGAGCGCAAGUUGUCGGCUACUUCAAAGACUCUGGCGAAGUGGAGAUCAGAUAUGUGGACUACGGUGGAUACGAGAGAGUCAAAAUUGACACGCUCAGGCAGAUCAGGUCUGACUUCGUGACACUCCCUUUCCAAGGAACUGAGGUCCUGUUGGACAAUAUAGUGCCCCUUCCAGAUGAAGAUCACUUUUCAUCAGAAGCAGACAUGGCAGUCAGUGAAAUGACUCGAGGCACCCCAUUGCUGGCACAGGUUACAAAUUAUGACAGUGUGACGGGGUUGCCUCUGAUACAGCUGUGGAGCAUGAUGGGAGAUGAGUUGGUGUCUAUAAACCGGACCAUGGUGGAAAGAGGGUUUGCGAAGUGGAUUGAAAGCUACUAGGAAAGGCAUUGCGGUUCUCCUGGCUAGUUGUCUCCCUUGGCUGCUCCCCUUUACCUUUUUAUCGCCUUUAUGCGUGUUGGCACUGUUUUGGAAUUAGGUUUGGCAGUCCCUCCCGACACACGAAGCAUGCACGGUUGGCACAUCUGGUCUAUUCCA